CUAUAGGUUUGGGGUUUAUUGCUUAGUUCGACUGGCCAAGACAUCCGGGUGGACACGGGACUGUGGUUUUAUAAGGUGUUUUUCUGUCGAACUGUUCGGUUGAAUUCGAUAACCGAACCGUAAUCAGAUCAUUCUCGCGCACUACCCACGGCCCCGCGCCGCAGGCUCGUGCACCCGCGCGUUGUAGUAUUUGUAGCAACGUGCGCGUCCCCGUGGCUCAGUGGCGGACGGGGAUCCAGGACUUCCACUUGUCGGUUUCACUCCCCCGCAACCAAAUUCAGUGCAAACCCCCGGGAGGCCACAAUGUCCAAGCUGGAUCAAGUCCUCGUCCUCGACCCGCAGUCGGACCUCCGGUUUAAAGGUCCCUUCACAGAUGUCGUCACCACCAACCUCAAAUUGAAGAACCCCUCCGACAAAAGAGUUUGCUUUAAAGUCAAGACAACGGCGCCUCGCAGAUAUUGUGUACGACCAAACAGUGGCGUCAUUGACGCAGGGGCAGCUGUCAACAUUUCUGUAAUGCUUCAACCCUUCGACUAUGACCCCAAUGAAAAGAGUAAACACAAAUUCAUGGUGCAGACCAUCUUCGCCCCUCCAAACGUUUCUGACAUGGAUUCAUUGUGGAAAGAUGCAAAACCGGACGACCUUAUGGACUCUAAGCUGAGAUGUGUCUUUGAGCUGCCUUCUGAGAACGAUAAAGUGAAUGACGCCGAGGUGAUCAAAGCGGCCCCUGCCACCAACUCCGUGAAGGCCGACCCGUCCGCCGCCUCGGUGCCUGCCAACGCCUCCGGCGACGACGCCGAGCUGAAGAAGGCGCUGGAGAAGUGCAAGCGGCUGCAGUCGGAGUUGAACAAGAUGGCGGACGAGAACCGGCAACUAAAGGACGACGGGCUGAGAAUGAGAAAGAUGCCUCGCUCGGACCACAUGACAUCAAACUCCUCCAGCUUCCUGGGCCGGGAAGCAGGCUCCUCCCUACCGUCUCUCCUCGUCGUCAUAGCAGCCAUCUUUAUCGGAUUCUUCCUAGGGAAGUUCAUCUUGUAGACUGGAAGCUGCAUGCCCGCUGUAUCCCUCACUCCGGAUUUUAAAAAAAAGAAAAGAGGCCUGGAAAACAAGUCUUUCUGUUGCCAUAUCAUUGGUAGCGUGGCCUGCGGUGAACACAUCUGUACAGCAUCAUUCGAGGGCAUCGCCUUUUUACUAUGUCACACGGUUAGUCCACACAGAAUCCACCAGGAAAGGCCACUUUCCAAAAGUGAUCGCUCCCUUUUUGUUUCUGUCGGCCGGAUCAAACGGUUCAGUGUCGGUCACCAUGGAAGACGCACCUGGAGAGAGAGGCAGGUGGCGCUCUCGCCCCCUCUCUCUCUCUCUCUCUCUCUCUCUCUCUGAUUUUAGUUCAAAGGAAUGUUUGGUGUCUUGUAAAUUGUUGUUUUAAAUCCUUUUAAACCAAGAAGGAGAACUUCCACCGACAGAACUGGCUCCUCUCCGCCGGAUUGCCUCUGACGCCACUUUAUUUCUACUUCUCGUCUCGGAAUGUUUCAGUCCAGCUUUGGGGAUUUAGGUGCCUCCUCCUUGUACAAUUGUCCCUCUUCCGUUCCCCGACGACACCACGCAGACUUUAUAAUAUUAAUAUAAUAAUUAUACAAAUCUUAUAUUCCAAAUAUUGACUGAAAUAAAUGGUCUCCAUUCUUAAAACCCUGUUCCAUGGUAAUAAGCGUUGAAAAAUAAAAAUGAAAAAAAGUCUG